AUACAUUACUUUUGUAUUCCCAGAGUAUAAAGUCAUUUAUUCCAAUAAGCAUGAAGCUCACCCACUACUGUUUUCUGCAUCUUACAAAUAUGGGCAUUUACUGAGACUGAUUCCUGUGAGGUCUAAGGGGAGGACAGAGCUACAGCUUAGCAACUCAUACAGUACCGAUGUCUGUUCACACUUCAUUUUCACUUCCUGACAGCCAGUGUUGUGAACUAUCUAGAGGAGGAAGUUUAAAGAAGCAGUUUCAUGAGAGCACAGAGAAGAGUUGAAAAUGUCCACCAUACACUGACUGAGAACCUGGGAUUGCUUAACAUACAAUUAUGGAUCUUGUAAAUCAAAGUCAAACUCGUGCUCCAGAUCUCUGGUUGUUUCAAGAAUAUGGAAUUCCUGCACUGGUAUAUUACAGUAUUGUCCUCCCAAUUGGACUGUUUGUUAAUGUCACAGCACUCUGGGUCUUUAGUUGCACCACUAAAAAAAGAACAACGGUUACCGUGUACAUGAUGAAUGUGGCAUUGCUAGAUUUAAUGUUUUUACUUUUUGUGCCUUUCCGGAUAUUGUACUAUGCCAAACAAUCCUGGCCCUUUGGAGACGUAUUCUGCCGGAUUAUGGGUGCACUUACUGUAUUUUAUCCAAGUGUGACAUUAUGGCUGCUUGCUUUUAUCAGUGCGGAUCGGUAUAUGGCCAUCGUACAGCCCAAGCACAUCAAGGAACUGAAGAACAUCUCCAAAGCAAUGGCAGCAUGUUUUGGAAUUUGGAUAAUGACAAUAGUGACCACAACACCUUUGCUCUUUGUGUAUGAGGACCCCGACAAAGACUUUAAUUUUACCACUUGCUUUAAAAUGUUUGAUCUCAUCCAUUUUAAACGAAACAGUAUUUUGAACUUUGCCCGCCUAAUUUUCUUUUUCCUGAUCCCUAUGCUGAUCAUGAUAGGCUGCUAUGUCAUCAUUAUCUACAGUCUAGUGAGUGGAAGAACUUCUCGGCUAAAACCCAAAGCAAAAAGAAAAUCCAUACAGAUCAUUGUGACACUAGUCGUGCAAGUUCUGGUCUGUUUUGUACCAUUUCAUGUGUGUUUUUUGCUACUCAUGAUCCAGCAGGCACAUGAGCACUACGUGUUAUGGGGGCAGGUGUCUACCUUCUUGAUGAACCUGAGUACCUGCUUGGAUUUAAUCUUGUAUUACAUUGUCUCAAAGCAGUUUCAGGCACGAGUCAUCAGUGUCAUCUGGUACCGCAACUAUCUGCGAAGUGUACGUAGGAAAAGCAUGAGAACGGGCAGCAUUCGUUCCUUGAGCAAUGUUAACAGUGAAAUGAUUUAAUAAAUGUACAUUUACUAAAUGGAUACAAUUUAAUAAAAAAUAUG